UUUUUUUAUUUUCAUGCUUCAUAUUCGUAGGUAUUACUUUUAUGGGAUUUUUUUUUUCCCCUGCUGUUUGAUAAGAAAAAGAGAAUAUAAACUAGCAUGAUGAUGAAAUAGCAAGUAACUGGGUAGACUAUCUUGGUUUUUGCUACCUCCGCUUUGUCAAUGGCGUCACAGUGUCCUCCAUUUGAGUUCUCAGGCAAGUAUUACCAUGUUUCUGGAGAUGGCAGUGGAAACUGUGUGAGGCAGAACAGCUUCUUUGAAGGCAAAGCGGUGCUUAAUCAAGGAGUUGGAUACUCUGUGAUUCUUGGGUUUGGUGCUUUCUUUGCUGUUUUCACAUCUUUCCUGGUAUGGCUGGAAAAGCGAUAUGUUGGUUCACGCCAUACUUCUGAAUGGUUCAACACUGCAGGCAGAAAUGUCAAAACAGGACUCAUUGCUAGUGUUAUUGUAUCCCAGUGGACUUGGGCAGCAACAAUCUUGCAAAGUUCAAAUGUUGCUUGGGAGUAUGGAGUUAGUGGACCUUUCUGGUAUGCAAGUGGGGCUACUAUUCAGGUACUUUUGUUUGGUAUAAUGGCUAUUGAGCUCAAAAGAAAGGCCCCUCAUGCUCACACAGUUUGCGAGAUUGUUAAAGCCCGUUGGGGUACCACAGCUCACAUUGUGUUUCUCGCUUUCUGCUUUUUGACAAAUAUUAUUGUAACUGCCAUGCUGCUCCUUGGUGGUUCUGCUGUGGUAAAUGCACUUACUGGAGUAAACAUUUACGCCGCUAGCUUCCUGAUACCCCUUGGAGUUAUUGUUUACACAUUGGCUGGAGGACUAAAAGCCACCUUCUUAGCAAGCUAUAUACAUUCAGUUAUAGUUCAUGUGGUUUUGGUCAUAUUCGUCUACCUUGUAUAUACGGCAAGCAGUGAGCUUGGUAGCCCCAGCACUGUAUACAACCGUCUGUUGGAGGUAGCAGGUAAAUCAAGAAUAUGUCAGGAGCCAAUUUCACAUCAUGGUCAAUCUUGUGGUCCUGUUAGUGGCAAUCACAAAGGAUCAUACCUAACAAUGUUGAGUUCGGGUGGGCUAGUCUUUGGGAUUAUCAACAUUGUUGGCAACUUUGGCACUGUUUUUGUUGAUAAUGGAUAUUGGGUAAGCGCCAUAGCUGCACGUCCUUCAUCAACUCAUAAAGGCUACUUAUUAGGUGGGCUGGUCUGGUUUGCAGUGCCAUUUUCUCUGGCAACAUCAUUGGGUCUGGGAGCACUUGCCCUUGAUCUACCAAUAACGGAAAGUGAGGCAAGCCAUGGUUUGGUUCCUCCUGCCACUGCUAUAGCUUUGAUGGGGAAAGGAGGUUCUAUUCUUCUACUUACUAUGCUUUUCAUGGCAGUGACAUCAGCUGGUUCCUCUGAGCUAUUAGCAGUCUCCUCAUUAUGCACUUAUGAUAUCUAUCGUACAUACAUAAAUCCAGAUGCAAGUGGAAACAAAAUACUCAUGGUUUCAAGGGGUGUCAUCUUUGCUUUUGGAUCCUUCAUGGGUCUGCUGGCAGUAAUACUAAACAAGGCUGGAGUUUCAUUGGGAUGGAUGUAUCUAGCAAUGGGAGUUCUUAUUGGUUCGGCUGUUCUUCCUAUUGCUUUUAUGCUUCUAUGGAGAAAAGCAAAUGCAAUUGGUGCAAUUCUUGGAACAACUAUUGGUUGUGUUCUUGGAAUCAUCACUUGGCUGUCAGUUACAAGCAUUGAGUAUGGCCGAGUUAAUCUCGACACAACAGGUAGAAAUGCACCAAUGCUUGCUGGAAACGUUGUCUCUAUUCUCACUGGCGGAGCUAUCCAUGCUGUGUGUAGCUUUUUGUGGCCUCAAAACUAUGACUGGGAAACCACCAGGCAGAUCACAGUGGUCGAAAAGGAAAAGAGUGAUAUUCCACCGGAAGAGUUUAAGGAGAACAAAUUGAUGAGAGCAAAAGCUUGGAUAGUGAAAUGGGGUGUUGGGUUUACAAUCGUGAUUGUUAUAUUGUGGCCUGUUUUCACUCUUCCAGCAGGGGAGUUCAGUAGUGGGUACUUCACAUUUUGGGCAGUCAUUGCAGUAGCAUGGGGUACCAUUGGUUCUGCUGUAAUCAUUGCUUUGCCAUUAAUAGAAAGCUGGGAAACCAUCAAAAGCGUACUUCUGGGCAUGUUUACGAGUGACAGACUUAUGGAAAAGGUUGAAGAGAUGAACUUUAAGCUACAUUGUAUCAUGUCAACCAUACCAGAAGCAGAGAAAAUUUACCUACUUGAAAGAGAGAAAGCUAAGAAGAAAGAAGUAUUCGAACAAGAAGUUGUAUCCAUUCCAGCCUGAAAGCUUCUUGUUGGCUGUUGCAUUCAAACAUGGAAGCUGGCAAGAAAUAUGUGAUGACUUGGUUCUUCUUUAAAUGAAACUGCUUUAGCACAGUGGUUUCAACAACAGGUCAGAAAUCUGAAUUAAUGCGUUUUCUGUGUAUGAAUGCCCGAUCAAUGUUUGGUUGUUGUGUCUCUUACCCCUUGUGAAGCAUGUAAAUGAGGCAAUUCAUGGAUUGUAUAAUGUUUCUAGAGGCAUCUUCUUUCAUUUAUAUCAAGAAAAAGUACAGGAAACUUUUAGUUUGUAACCUCAGAUUAAACAGGUUUGCCACUUCUUUUAAUAGGGUUUGACUUUAAACUAUGUUAACUACAA